AUGGUCCAAGGCUCCACAGCAACCGGCGAGAAGUACAAGCCUACCGAACACAAGGGCCGCCGCGAAGACAACCAGCCCGACAAGCGCACGCAGCAGAACCAGUUCGCGUACGGCAAGGUCGACCCCCAUGAGGCUGGCCACGAGGGCGGCAAGGUCGGCGGCCAUGCUGGCGGCGUCGCCAGCGGGAAGGGUAGUGCGAGCAAGUAUAACCAGCAGGGCCAGGAGCAGCUGGAGGACGAGGAGCCGGAGGAGUAA